AUGGGGAGAUCACCUUCCUCCGAUGAGAAUGGCCUCAAGAAGGGUCCAUGGGAUCCAGACGAGGAUCGGAAACUCGUGGACUACAUAGAGAAAAAUGGUCAUGGACAUUGGAGUUCACUUCCGAAGCUUGCAGGACUCAAGAGGUGUGGAAAGAGUUGUCGGCUAAGGUGGACUAACUAUCUCCGUCCGGAUAUCAAGAGAGGAAACUUCUCCGACGAAGAAGAGCAACUCAUCAUCAACCUCCAUCUACUCCAUGGAAAUAGGUGGUCUAGGAUAGCAAGCUAUCUUCCAGGAAGGACAGAUAAUGAAAUCAAGAAUUUUUGGAAUAGCCAUCUAAAGAGAAAGCUACUGAACAUGGGUAUUGAUCCAAUUACUCACAGACCAAGAACUGAUCUCAUGAUCAGUCUUCCUCAGCUACUAGCAAUAGCAAACUUCAUGAAUACUACUGCUAGCCCAUUGACCAAUCUGUGGGACCAGCUCAAUGCUCUGUGCAGGCUACAAUCACCAGCUGAUCAUCAUCAUCAUCAUACCACACAGCUAGCAAAAACCCAAUUGUUACACAACACACUUAAAACCCUUGCCAGUACUAGUAGUACUAGUCCACCUCCAACCAUUCAAGCUCUAAAUGACCUUUUAGGUCAUCAACAGCUUUAUGAGUACCUUAGGCCACUCAUGAAUUCUCAAGUACUUGAUCAAGGACCUACUGGUCCUGUCAGUUUUGAUCCUAAUUAUUCAGCUCAAAUUCUUCAAUCGAGGUCGGCGAAUUUCCCAAACUUAGAACUACUCCAUGAUCAAUAUCAACAACCCAUGGUUACUUCCAAUUUUGAAGUUUUUACAGGUGAUCAUAACAAUAAUGACAGUAAUGCCACGACUCCGAUAGGAAAUUCUUCCUUUCCUGCUUUGGUUUCCGCGUCUCCCGAGUCUUACACUGUCAAUCAAAUGAAAAAUAAUAACAAAAUCAACCACCCAACUCAUCAUAUCUCUAACCCCUCAUCAUCUACUUGGACCAACUUUGAAGCUUGGGAAGAACUUUUGGAUGACGAAGCAGCUCAUUCUUACUGGAGAGAUGUUAUAGACUUGAUUUCUGUCAAGCUCACCACUACUAAUUACCUCUUGUGGCGUUCUCAGAUCACUCCUCUAGUCCGAAGUUUGGGCAUUUAUCAUCAUCUUACAAAUGGUGAUAAACCUGCUGAAGAGAUAGAGGAUGAAAAGGGUAGCAAAGGUGCUAACCUGGUUUAUGAGUCAUGGAUUACGAAUGACGUUGAGAAGGAAGGUCAUUUAAAAGGAAUAUUAAUGACCAUUCAGAACGGAUCUCAAAAAUUGGAAGAUUACUUGAAGGAUUUCAACUCUAUUUGCGACAAUCUCGCUGCCAUUAAGAAGCCAGUCCCAGAUCUUGAUCAUAAGGUGUUCCAGUUCGCUCGUGGUUUGGGUCCGAGUUAUGAAAAAUUUUGA